AUGGCCGAGUCCGUGGACUCCAUGCAUUUCGCAGCGAACAGCCAAACAAAUUCCCCCCAAGCGCUGCUAGCUAAACGGCCGCCGGAGAGCCGACCGCAGUCUUCCAGCGACAUUCACCCGCCGCCCCCAAAGAAGGUCCGCGUGGAGGAGAAGCGGCCCAAGCACAGGAAAGUCAACGGAGAGGUGUGCGCAGGGGAAAAACACAACGGGAAAGCGAGUUGUGGGAGCCCAGCGAAAUGGAGUUUCGGCCCGGCCAAGGCGAGCCACUCCACCGCCUCCGUCGCCGCCGCCGCCGCCGCGGUGGUGGUACCAGGAGCAGCGACUCCCGCUCGGAAAAUCUUCAAAAUAAGCAACUUCCUCGCCUCGCCGUCCAAAGAGAAACGGGCCAAGGAAAAGCGGCACAGGGAGAAAAGCGGCGAAGCGCAGCGCAUUUCGACAGCGUCUGUGGAGAAAGUCAACCCCGCUAGCUGCCAUACAAAGACCGAGAACAGCGAUGUCAAGGCGCCGCAGAGAGAUCAUAACAGCAAGGACAAGGAGCGGGAGAGCAAGAAGGAAAAGAGUAGCAAAGAGUGGAAAAAUCACAAACUGCCUCCAGAACGUGACAUCUCAAAGGAAAACGGGGAAGUGGUGUUUCCUCCUCAGAAAGAGCCCAAGGAGAAACCCAAAGCCACGUCCCAAGAAGACCUCUUGCUCAAGAAGCUGAAAAAGAAGAAGAAAAAGAAGCACAAAGACGGCGAGCGGGCCAAAGAGCGGCACGGCCGCCCUAAAAUGUACCACCGCUCGUGCCAGACUGUUUAUUCCGCCGUCUCCCUCGGGUUGGCCGACUUCCUCAGCCGAAUCAACGGCAACAGCGGCGCCGGCGGGCAUUACGGAGUGCGCUACCAAGACCCUUCCGCCAUUGUCAGGGACAGACCGGGCUACAGCUCACCGCUCCGCUGCACGCCCACGCCGAGUCUGCCCGGGCUGGAGUUCGGCCAUCUGAUCAAUGUGGAGAUUCAGGCCAACGGCGGCGCCUCGGUGGCGCACGCCUACAGCGAGCAGCUCUCAGGCCUGUCGCCCGCCGAAAUGCAGCGCUUCGCCCAGGAGUUUGUCACGCUGUCUUUCAGCGAGGACGAGGCCCAGGCGGCGCGUUUCGUCAUGGGGAUCAUUCACGGAGCGGCGGCCUACCUCCCGGACUUUCUGGAUUACUUCUCCUACAAGUUCCCCAAUGCCCCUGUCAAGAUGGAGGUGCUCGGGAAGAAGGACAUCGAGACGACCACCAUGGCUAACUUCCACACUCAGGUUAAGCGGACAUACUCCCAGGGAACGUACCGGGCCGGCGCCAUGCGCCAAGUCAGUCUGGUGGGCGCCGUUGAUGAGGAGGUUGGCGACUACUUUCCUGAGUUCAUCCAAAUGUUGGAGGAUUCUCCCUUUCUAGAGCGGACGCUGCCCUGGGGAACUUUUUCUAGUCUUCGGCUGCAGAGCCCGACCGAGAGCGACGACGGCCCCAUCAUGUGGGUCCGACCCGGGGAACAAAUGAUCCCCAUGGCUGACAUGCCCAAGUCUCCCUUCAAGAGAAAAAGGUCCACCAACGAGAUCAAGAACUUGCAGUACCUGCCCAGAGCCAGCGAGCCCCGCGAGAUGCUGUUCGAAGACCGGACACGAGCCCACGCCGAUCAUAUCGGUCAGGGCUUCGAGAGACAGACCACGGCCGCCGUGGGCGUGCUCAAGGCCGUGCGCUGUGGAGAAGAGAGCGACACACCUGCGCGCAUCACCAAAGAUGUGGUGUGCUUUCACGCUGCCGAUUUCCCAGAUGUGGUCAUGAGGCUGCAGCUGGACCUCCACGAGCCACCGCUGUCUCAGUGCGUUCAGUGGAUCGACGACGCCAAGCUGAACCAACUGCGGCGCGAGGGCAUCCGCUACGCCCGCAUCCAGUUGUACCACGACGACAUCUACUUCAUCCCCCGGGGCGUCAUCCACCAGUUCAAGACGGUGUCGGCAGUCUGCAGCUUGGCCUGGCACAUCCGCCUCAAACAGUACCACCAGAACGACGUCGAGGAAGAGGAGAAAGAGGAGGACGAGGAGAUGACGUGCGCGGCCAGUGACGUCGGGCUACAGAUCAAAGAGGAGGAGCUCGAGGAGAAGGUGGUGAAACUGGCGGAGGAGCUCCCCUUACCGCGGCUGUGUAAGGAGGAAGAGGAGUCGGAAGCGCUCGUGGUGGAGGAGGUGAAAAAAGAGGAGGAAAGGUGUCGAAGUGAAAUCCAGGAGGACCUCAAAACCAUCAAGAAGGAGAAAGUGCGAUGGGAGGAGGACAGGACUGAAGGAGAGAAGGAGAGAAUUAAAGAGGAUGAGAGGAGUAAAGAGGGAAAACCUCAAGAAGAUGAGAAGAGUAAAGAGGAAAGGGAGAGGACGAAACAAGACCGAAGUAAAGAGGAGAAGGAGAGAAGGCCUCCGGAAGACGACAAGACUAAAGAGGAAAGGGAGAGGACGAAACCAGAGAGGAGUAAAGAGGAAAGGACUAAAGAGGAAAAGGAGAGGAGUAAAGAGGUGAAAGAAAGGACUAAAGAGGAGAAGGAGAGGAAAGAUAAGAGCAAAGAUCGGGAACGGAAGCACCGGCUAAAGGAGAAAGAGAAGCUAAAGAGCGACGGAACGGCACUCGCGAGAAAGAAGGAAAAGGAGGCAUCGGGCUGCGGCGGCGUCUCCCUUUUGUCUCUAAACGCCCGUCCCGAGGAGACGCGGGACAAACACAAGUCUUCGCAAGGGAAGAAGGAGAAAAGCGGUCAGCGGACCGACAACAAAUCCUCGCUCAAUAAGCCCCCAAUCCCGAGGCGGGACGGCAAAAAAGAGGAGCCCAAGAAGACCCCCAGGACUCUCAUCACUUUCGAUCUCUUCAAGCCCAUGGAGGCCCACCAGACGGUGGCGCUGUCUUUUAAAACUCACCACGCCAAGUCCGCCGACGGCCGGACGCUGCAGGUUCCUUUUAAAGGGAGCAAAGUCAAAAGCGCCGACUCCCAAACGCAGCAGCUCAAGCAGACGCUCAAGACACACAAAGAUUUCCUGCUAUGA